AAAGAAUCACACUCAGAAUCAAGAACACAGAAAGUGUAAAAUUGAUAUUGCAAGAAGAAGAAGAAGAAAGAUGGGAAGCAGAUUGGGAAGAAGAGUUGUGAACUUUGCAAACAUACCCAUCAAGUUAUUAAUGCCCACUUCUUUCUCUAACAUCACUGAAAUUGCUCUCAAAACCAUCCCUUCGGCGUCUAAGAUUGAGAUUAAAAGGGUUUUGGAGUCACUGUAUGGCUUUGAAGUGGAAAAGGUUCAAACUUUGAAUAUGGAUGGAAAAAAGAAGAAGAGGGGUGGGAUUUUAAUUGCUAAACCUGACUACAAAAAGGCUUAUGUUACGUUAAGGAAUCCAUUGUCAAUUUCCCCUGAUUUGUUCCCGAUUCGGUUGAUUGAGGAGGAUAAAAAGAAUUUGAAUAAGCAAUCCAAGUCUAGUUUUGUGGAGGGUGAUGAGGCUAAGAAGAAGUCGCAUUGGCUGGAAGGGAAUGGGAAGCCUGAAGUGCGUGGGGGACGCUGGCGUGGUAGGGAUAGUGGUAGCCAUCCGGGUGGUGGUAGAGAUCGUGGGGCUAUCCAGGGAGGUGCGGGAAGUAGGGGGCAAGUGAAGUUCCCGUGGAGCAGCAUGAAGUCUUCAUCUGGGUCGAAAGCAGAUACCUGAAGAUCAUUCAUAUGGAGGUUAUUAGAAUUCAGAAAGGAAAAUAGAAAAUUUUAGUAUUCACCAAAAAGACAAUUGCUAGUGUUUGCCUCCCUUUAUUUCGUAAAACGGGUUGUUUAACCUGUGCCCUCGGGGCACAGGUUAAGAGUGUAUUUAAUUGGUUGUUGACAACUCAUGAAUGAAUACACUUGCUGCUUUCACCUUUUUUUACCA